CAUUGAAUUUAUUCACAUCAGUGUGAGAGAAAAAUCGAACGUGAACGAAGACGAAGGUUAAUCGUCUCUCCAAUUGUCAUUUCUACACAGGAGGGAUAGGACAAGGUUAUCGACAAAAUGUCGACAUUUCGGGGGAUCAUUGAGGAAUUGCCUGGGAUUUCAAUGGAUAGAUUUGAGAUGAAUAAUCGUACCUCCAGUACUGCUUUCUUUCUCAGCCAUUUCCAUGGAGACCACACCGUGGGUCUUGACGACUCGUUCUUUCAACAUAUCAAUGAUAAAAAACAGUACAUAUACUGUACACCACUGACAAAGACUAUUUUAGUCACUAAGUUGCGUCUGAGUUCAAAGGUAGAAUGGAUUAAUCGAAUUGUAGACGUGGCGGUGUGUAAUCCAAUGGUCGUUAGCUACAGAGACCCGAAUGUUGAUCGUUAUGAUAAGAAUUGCGAAGAGAAUUGUGAUUCAGCACUGACAGUAACUGCUGUACCAGCUGGACAUUGUCCAGGUUCAGUCAUGUUCAUGUUUGAAGCUAAGAGAGAUGAUAAGGAUGUUAAUAUAUUGUGCACUGGAGAUUUUCGUAUUCAUCCUCAUGAUUUUGCCAAAUUAAAACCACUGCAUGUUAGAGUUCAUGAUAAACUCGUGCCCAGAAGCUUUGAUAAUAUUUAUCUCGACACGACUUUUUAUGGAGAGAUUGCACGGUUUCCCAAUAGGAGUGAAGCUCUGGGUCAAAUUGUUCCAGUUGUUGAGGAAUGGUUGGGACGCGAUCCUCAGAAUUUUGUUGUUUUUGAAAUCUCAGCGAAUUAUGGCUCUGAGGAUUUAUUCUGCAAGCUAUCAGCUUCUAUUAAACAACGCAUUCAUGUUAGAAACUGCGUUCAGGAGAGUUAUAGAUUUACUCCAGAGUUGUCUCAGUAUACAACUGAGGAUCAGAAUGAAACUCGUGUUCAUGCGUGUAUCGCGAAGGGCUCAAGGGUGCCACGAGAAUCGAAACGAUUAAUUUGUAGAGAUGAUGUGGAGAAAGAAAAUAUUCUGACGAUUAUUCCGUCUGCUUGGAGGUGGAUUGGGAGGGAUUUAUCUGAAGGGUUUACUGCAUGGGAGGACAGGAGAUUUUACGUUUGCUACUCGUGUCAUCCGUCUAGCAGCGAAUUGCGAGAAUUUAUUGAUUAUUUUAAGCCGAUGAAAAUUCACCCUUGUGUUGUGCCUGGUAUUCACUCCCGUGAUGCGUGGCGCCCGGAAGCUCAAGGAAAAUUUAAACAUUUUCAAAAGAAAAUUAUCGAUGAGCUUCUGGUCACCUCUGCAGAGCAUCCUGAGAAAUUUGAAUGUGAUUUUAUGGAGUUCAAAUCUUUCAAAAGACGACGACCUAAGACUGACAGUUCGUCUGAUGACGAGCUUUAAUUAUUUGAUAGUUUUAGGAGUGAUUUUUUAUUCUUUUAGCUAUUCAAUCGAUCGACGAUAACAUGUCAAUCAAGUGUUUCAUACGUUUUUACGAUAGAAAAUAAAUACGGAGUUUUAUUGGUUGCUUUACUGAAGGUUUUAUCAUUGU